GUUCUUCUUCGACUUUGAGCGAUUAUUCUUGUCCAGUGGGGUUUGACCAAUUUUCCACUUUUAUUUCAAGUACACCUGUCAUUCCAGAACAUAAGAUGGGAGGAAUUUAGAUUGCUCUGUGAUUAAAAAAAAGAAGAGUGUCAUUCAGCCUCGAGCGCAAUUUAAUUUUCUGCAUUCUUUACUUCAAAUUCAUGGAGGGUUAUCUCUAGCUCUGUAAUUAGCAUUUUAUGUGCUUCUGAUGAUCAGAAAGUCGACGUGGGAUUCAUUAAGUGUUGCUUUGAGAGUUUUAAGACUAUGGGUGCUGGCAUUCUUGGACUGAAGUUGGAGUAGAGUCAGCUUGUGUAGGCCUUAGCCAGGAAGGGGGCAUUUAAGCGCCUCAGUUGUAUUUGUGGAGGACAUCCAGCGUUACUAUAAAAGCUACUAGAUCAUUUGUGGAUUCUUGUAUAUGAGGAAGACAUGUUUUAAUGCUUUUUUUUAAAAGCGGAAUGCUACUUGUAUCUUGAUUUUAAUCAUGGAGAAGGUGAUUAUGUGUUAUCAUGUUUCCAUGGCAUUGUAUAAGACUGGUUUCAAACUCUUUCCUAGCAAAACGAGAACCUCCGCCAAUUCCAGCAAAGAGAACGGUUCCAACAACAGUGCCUCGGCUGCCCAACCCGAGGCUCGAAGGCAGCUGAAGACACUGGAGCUUACUCCACCAGACUUCAAAGUCGACAGACAGAUCCUCAUCGACAGCUAUCUAGAUAUCGAAGUCAAGUUUUUAGGUCAACUCGAAGACAUCCCUUUUGAAAUCGACCCAACAAAGAGGACUGAAAUACUCAGGAAUAUUGAUUCAGCAAGGAAAAAGGGUAUUUUACCAUGGAACAGUCACUCCGGUCGCUACGACGCCAUCAUCCGCUUAUCAGCAAGACAAAUCAAUGUUUUACAGAAAAACGAGACGUCUCUUGUACGUGCCUUCAUUCACAACAUAGUCUCAGUCAGCUAUGUACGAGAUGAUGCUCAGCAUCUAGUCAUCAUGAAAACAGCUACAGAAAGUCAGCAAGAGAAAUGUGAACUAGUAGUGUGGGAAUGUCCCUCAAAGGAAAAAUCGGAAGAAAUCUGUGCCAUUGUCCAGCAGAUUUUUGAAGUAGUCUACACUGAAAUGACCAUGAAGCAAUUUGACCUCUCGCUGAUGCAAGCGGUCAACGAUUAUUCAAUAGGUAGAUCCACAGUAGCUCACCAAAGACCUCCCUUGCCUGGCAUGUAUAGUCAACCAGAAACCAGUGAGGCCGUCCCAUAUUCAGGGGCAAAUCCUAACUCAAAUAGUGCAGAAAUCAUCAGCGUCACAGCCAAAGUAUUAUUACAAGAAUACAUCGAGGAGCUGAGAAGUAAACUAAGUGGUGAAGAGCUGCAACAGUUCGCAUCCAUUUUGAAAGAGUACCGUCAAAUGGGAUCGAUAGAGAAUUUCUGCACCAGUUUACAAAGGCUAUACGGCCCGGACAGAAAGACAUUAUUUCCAGACAUGAGACCGUACAUCCCCGAAAAGGACAUGGACUACUUUGAGAGCUUUCUAGAGAGGAACAGUUUACAGGACCAAUACAGCUUCUAUCAUGGAGGUCGAAGGUCGCGUAGAACUGGCAGCGAUGCUUCCUCGACCUCGACGAUAGGGGGUGUGGAUAACGGUGUGUACAGUCACUCGAUUCCUUCGGACAUGGACGAUCUCGAUCGCGCGCUCAUGGACGUUUGCGAUCAGGUUGAUCGGUUAGAUGCGAGUAUUGACUCGUGAUCCUCGUGAGGAUAAGCAGUAGUGCGAUGAUGAUGAAAGAAAUCCAGAGAUUCUGUGAAAUCAAUCUUGCCGUGGUGUUUAUGACCGCCGUGUGAAUGCAACUCUGUGUAGAAGCUGAAGGAGAAGUCGGUCAAAACGUCAGUCAAAACGUCAUCAAAAACAUCAUGAGGAGGAAGAUCUUUCGUGAGAACAGUUCCAUCAUGACAAGAUGCUGAAUGAUCUACAUUCUGCAAAAUAAACUUGGCGUGCUAACAUCGUGACACUUCAUGAUUACAACUCUGUUCAGAAGAAGUAGUUGAAUCGUCAUCUAAAUCGCCCUCUAAAGUGCUUUGAUGAGGGUGAGAGGAACAUCUCCUUUGACAACAGGUUGUGUUGUUGCGCCAAGCCGGUGGAUGAUCAUCAGCAUCUGCAAGCUGCCAUGGCAUGCUACAGGAUCGUGCAAGUGACUCUUCCUCCAGGGACCCAUUUCACAAAGCCUUUUUUCAAUGACAAAUGACUAGAAUCAGUGACAAAUCUGAUGAUAACCAAUCAGGAGCAAGGAUUUCAGUAGCUUGUAACAAAAAAUUGUCAUUUGUCACUGAUGACAAGUUUUGUGAAACGCCCCCCAGAACUAGGAAUUCAUCUUGGAGGAGAGGCGUACAAGACUAUCAUUUCCAUCCCGAAAGAGAUAUAUUACAAGUCUUUCUACGUGAGCUUGCAGAAGUUACAACGAUGGAUGCAUAGGACAUGGGAUUUCCAGCAUUCUUGCUAGACACUGGCAAUAUUGUAUCGUGAUUGUUAUACAUCAUUUCAGAGAAUCACCUCUUCAGGCCACUAUCUUCAGAAAUUCAUCAUCAUGAAAUUUCACUAACUCAACUCUCUAAUGGAUGGAUGCCAAUGCUAUGAACAUAUUGCAUGCAGACCAAAUGGAGGGAUUUUAUUAUUUAUUGCCAUUUGACAAUAUCUUUUGAUGAUUGCAGUAGGUUGUGUAUCCAUAUUUAUUGACUCUUUUUAGUUAAGAAUAUGAUUUGGGUGGUGUGUCCAGAAAUUCCACAAAUAUGCAGAUAUGUAUCAUAAAAGUAAGGUUUCUACCUUGUAAUUUAGGUGUUUUUUUCCUACCUCCCUCAUAAAAAAUGUAUUUCCCAAAUGAUGCUACCUUCUAUAACUUCUGUUACAUCUCUCUCUCUCUCUCUCUCUCUCUCUCUCUUUCUAUAUAA